AUGUCCUUCGACUCCCCCCUCCCCCCGUACAAUGCCUCCGACCCGACCGCCACCUUCUUCAACGUCUCCUGCCUGGACCUGCUCAUGAUCGAGCUCGUGCCAAUGGCCUACCGCGUCGUGAACGAAGUCGACGCCGUGCAGCAGCAGCAGUCGCAGUCGUCCUCGAGCGCGAAAGAUUUGUCGGCCGGCAGAGCGGGAAACGAAAAUGGCAGUAGUGCGAAGAGCGCGGGGAACGUGACGGGAGGGGGUAGCGCUGUGGCUGUCGGGGGUGUGAAUGGGAGUGUGAAUAGUGCCGGAGGAGGAGGAGGAGGAGGAGAAGGAAGAGGGGAAGGAAGAGGCCGGAAGAUGGACGAGGAUGAGGAGAGGGACGCGGUGUUUUUCCGCCUCGAGAUGUUGGGCUAUAGAGUUGGUCAGGGGCUGGUAGAGCGGUUCUCCCGCGACAGGCCGCGCUUCACCGAUACCCUCGACGUGAUAAAGUUCCUCUGCAAGGACCUCUGGACGCUCGUCUUCAGGAAACAGAUCGAUAACCUCAAGACAAACCACCGGGGGGUCUACGUCCUAACCGACAACUCCUUCCGCCCCUUCGCCCGCAUGUCCACCGAAGCAGGUGGUAACGCAGUCCCACGCGCGCAGCCCUUUCUCUGGUUCCCGUGUGGCGUUAUCCGGGGUGCGCUGGCCAGCAUGGGCAUCAACGCUACGGUGCAAGCGGAGAGUAGCGAGCUGCCCGGAGCGACUUUUCAGAUCAAGAGUUUGGUUGCGAAGACUUGA